AAGCGUGUUUUGACAGUAUUUGGUCUGUUCCUUUACAUUCUUGUUUUUGUUGAGAUAUAUUUUAAGGAUUUUGACUUCAUCUUACAGUUAAAAUUAGAGCGGCGCAAUGUAUCAGGUUGUACCGGGGCAGUUUGAUGACGCGGAAGAGACGGGAAGGUUUGGAACUUCAUUACCUUACAUUGAUAAAGACAAAUAUGAGCCUGAAAUCAGUGCCGUCCCUGACAAGCCCUCUCUAGAAAACCGACUUCAUGAAGUUACUUUACAAUCCUUUGAAGAUGAUAAGCAAGGUCAAAAUGAGGAGGACUAUGAUGAUUAUGAAGAUGAGGAAGAGGACGAUGAAUGGGAUUGGAAUGAAUCGGGAGGAGGAGACUUCACAAAGCGCUACACUGCUAUGAGGGCUGGGAGUAAUCCACAGGCUAAUCGUCAAAAUUCUAAUAAUAAGUCUCUAAAAAUGUCCACUCCGUCAGACAAGGUCCUGAGGAAGUAUGAAAACAAAAUAAACCUUGAUAAACUCAGCUAUGCUGAUUCUGUGAUCAAUAAAGUCACUGUGAUGCAAAAGCAGAGGGAAGCAGACACGUUUCGAGUAAAGGAUAAAUCAGACAGAGCUACUGUUGAACAGGUUUUGGACCCCCGUACACGUAUGAUUCUGUUCAAAAUGCUCAGCAGAGGCGUCUUUUCAGAGAUCAAUGGCUGUAUCAGCACAGGCAAAGAGGCAAAUGUUUACCAUGCAACUACUGCAAAAGGAGAAAGCAGAGCCAUCAAAAUAUACAAAACAUCAAUUCUACAAUUCAAAGACAGAGAUAAAUAUGUCAGUGGGGAAUUCAGGUUCCGCCAUGGCUAUUGCAAGGGCAAUCCUAGAAAAAUGGUGCGCACUUGGGCUGAGAAGGAAAUGAGAAACUUGAUCAGACUACAGACCGCACAGAUUCCAAGUCCAGAGCCCAUCAUGUUGCGGAGUCACGUCCUCGUCAUGAGCUUCAUUGGUCGAGAUGACAUGCCCGCCCCUCUGUUGAAGAACGCUGUCCUGUCUGAAUCCAAAGCGCGGGAACUCUACCUACAGAUCAUCCAGAACAUGAGAAUAAUGUACAAUGAUGCUCGUCUGGUCCACGCUGACCUUAGCGAGUUCAAUAUGCUGUAUCAUAACGGAGAUGCUUUUAUUAUUGAUGUUUCUCAGUCCGUUGAGCACGAUCACCCUCACGCUUUAGAGUUUCUUCGCAAAGACUGCAGCAAUGUCAAUGACUUUUUCCAGAAACAUAAUGUAGCUGUUAUGACUGUGCGUGAGCUGUUUGAGUUCAUCACAGACCCCUCCAUCACAAGUGACAACAUUAAUCAGUACCUUGACAAGGCAAUGGAGAGAGCUACUGAAAGAACUGCAGAGGAAAGAUCCAAUCAGGACAAAGUUGAUGAGGAGGUGUUUAAGAAAGCCUAUAUUCCACGCACACUUAAUGAAGUCACCCAAUAUGAGAGGGAUGUGGACGCAAUGUUGAAGAAAAAGGAGGAGAGUUCUUCGCUAGAUACAAACACUGACAACAUCCUCUACCAAACAGUGACAGGCCUCAGGAAAGACCUUUCUGGUGUGCAAACGGUACCCUCGAUACUGGAAGACUCCACGAAGGAUGACAGUUCAAGCUCUGAGGGAGAAGAGGAGGAUGAAGAUGAUGAGGAAAAGUCUGAAGGGGAAGACACACGGGAGGGUGGCAGCAACUCAGAGGAAGCACAAGUGGAUAAAAAGGAAAGAAAGAAAAUGGUUAAAGAAGCUCAGCGGGAGAAAAGAAAAAAUAAGACGCCAAAGCAUGUGAAAAAGCGUAAAGACAAGGUUGCCAAAAUGAAGAAAGGAAGAUGAAUAUGGUUGAGAUGAAGGUGAACUAAGAUUAUAGCAGAAACGCUACUUGGCUGAUGGUACCAGUAUUGAAGCUGGGAACUUUUGCUGAUUAAAUGUCAGUCCCUUAAAGGGAUAGUUCACACAAAAAUAAAAUUCUGUCGUUAAUUACUCACCCGCAUGUUGUUCCAAACCCUUAAGUCCUUUGUUCCUCUUUGGAACACAAAUUAAGAUAUUUUUGAUGAAAUCCAAGAGCUUUCUGCAUAGAAAGUAAGGCAACUGAUGUUUAAGGCCCAGAAAGGUAGUAAGGACAUCGUUAAAGUAGUCCAUGUGACAUCCAAAAAAAAGUAUUCUCGUAGCUUCAUAAAAAUUAAGGUUGAACCACUGAUGUCACAUGGACUACUUUAAUGAUGUCCUUACUACCUUUCUAGGCCUUGAAUGUGUUACAUUGCUGUCUAUGCAGGGUCAGAAAGCUCUUAGAUUUCAUUAAAAAAUAUCUUAAUUUGAGUUCUGAAGAUGAAUGAAGGUCUUAUGGGUUUGGAACGACAUGAGGGUGAGUAAUUUAUAACAGAAUGUUCAUUUUUGGGUGAACUAUCCCUUUAACAAUUAUGAAUGCCUGAUAUCGGCAUCAUGUGUAAAUGUUUUU